UUGACAGGCCAAUUUGUUUUGAUGUUUUAAAUUUUGAAGGUUAUUUUCAUGUUAGUUUGAUAAUUGAUAAGUAUUUAAAUACAUAUCAGAGUUUGUGAUACUUACAACUUGUAAUUAAUUUACUUAUUUGAAAUGUUAUGUACAAUUCAGAGAAAAAUAGUAAGGCCUGUAUUAGUACUAAGCCGCAAUACACAUAACCAAUAUCUUAUUACAAAUGAUAAUAAUGGCACUAGAGAAAUUAUCCUUAAUCAUGAGAAAACCAAAAACUCACUAUCACUUGAUAUGAUGAAACAUCUUAUUGGUGCAAUUAAUUUGAACAAAGAAGACACUUCAUUAAGGGCUAUAGUUCUAUCAGCCAAUGGAAAUGUAUUCUCAGCUGGUCAUAAUUUGAAGGAAUUGCAAAUGUCUUCAGGGAUUGAGCAACAUAAACUGGUGUUCAGUACAGCAACUGAAUUAAUGAAAUCUAUUAUCCAAAGUCCAGUGCCAGUUAUAGCAAAGGUAAACGGAUUUGCAACUGCAGCAGGAUGUCAGUUGGUGGCCACUUGCGAUAUUGUGAUAUCCUCAGACACAAGCAAGUUUUCUACGCCAGGAGCCAACUUUGGAAUAUUUUGCUCAACGCCAGGAAUCGCUGUGGGUAGGAGUGUGCCCAAGUCUAGAGCCAUGUACAUGCUAUUAACUGGUGAACCGAUUACUGCAAAAGAAGCAUACGAAAGCGGUCUCGUCACAAAAGUGGUGGCCGCUGACAAAUUAGACGAAGAAGUGAACAAAACUAUUGAGCAGAUUAAAAGAAAAAGCCGCAGUGUCAUCACACUGGGAAAGGAGUUCUUCUACAAGCAAAUAGAUCUGAGUGUUCUCGAAGCUUACCAAUUAGGCGAAGAAAUAAUGGUAACAAAUAUCAAUACUGAUGACGGACAAGAAGGAAUAAAGAGUUUUGUUGAAAAGCGGAAAGCUACUUGGAGUCAUAAAUAAGGAAUUUUUGGGAGGAGUCAUUUUUUAAUGAAUCAAAGAUAUACACGUUAGGUUGACCUAUACUCGUUAUUAACUUGGACCGCCGGUCAUAAAUUAUAAAAGACCGGUGGACCGGAAUCAUGGUGAGAAAAUCAGUUCUUUAAUUUUACAUGAACCGUGAUAGUGGAGUAAAAUCCGAGAAAAGAGAAGACUUCGGCACAACUGGCAAAAUUAGUGACGGACACUUAUAAAAUGCGCUACUAAAAAACUUGAAAAAAUCCUUAAAAUGACAAACCAACUAACAUCUCUAUAAACAAUUCUAAACUUAUGUCACCUAUGGGAAUGUUACCAAAAAUUAUUAUUUAGCAAAACAUCAACACCUUCCACCUAUCAGAACUGAAACUAAAUGGGCGCGAACUAAUGAAGAGAAAGCCAAAGCUUUUGCAGAAAGUCCUUGAUAAACCAAAAAUUGAUGUUUUGCCCAGGAACUGCAAUCAUGCUUGCCAAGCUUCUCCCUACCACACUGAUUGCGUUAUGGUUCAUUUACACGAGCAGCAACUGCUACCGACGACUGCAGUUGACUGCAGUCGGCGACUGCCACCAAAACCUCGCCGACUGCAGUCGUCGGUAGCAGCUGCUGCUCGUGUAAAUGAACACUUACUAAUAAUACGCCAUUGAAUUAUUUUCAUAACAUUACAUUCAACACUUACUUUGUCAUUUUAUAAAGUUUUGGUCCAACAAGUCUAAAAAUUAUUAAGUGACCAUUAAGAAUUUAUUUUUGUAUGUAAUUUGUUGUUAAGUAUUUUUGUAUGUAAUUUGUUAUUGUUGUUAAGUUAAAUAAAAAUCCAUGAUUAUUUACACCUAUAUUUAUUCGCUACUAUAAAUUACCUUUAGUGUAUAUUAUCCAAAGCAAGAAUAUUAUCUGAAAGCAUAUUUCCGUCACGUACACAUCAAAAUAUUUGGCCAAACAUUUUACAGUAUAUACAUUUAAAUGUUACAUUUUAUUCAUUCGAUAAAUAUGCGAAAAGAUAUACCCACAACAUAUAGCUUUAUAAAUGUACGAAAGUUAUUAUAAAAGUGCAGUAAAUAGUUUCCAGAAACAAUAAUAACAUCCAAUAAAAUAAAAUUAAUUAAAUAUGUAUUACUAACUAUAAUCUAAUGAAAUGUUUUUUUACUGUAUUUAGAGUUAGAGGAACAGAAAACUUGCUUAUUGUCAAUAAUAUAAUUCAUGAACGGAAACAUGUCUAUAAUAUGGGCAGCAAUAUUUUUAAGUCUGACUACAAAAUUACAUUAUAUUUUGUGGAAAUAAAUCAAUAGAUUAGGUACCACUCACAAUUAAUUUAUAUUGUCAAAGCAAAUUUUUUAUCGUUUUAGGUCACUACGGACAAAAUAGUAUAAACCACUGACAUGAUUAAGGAUUUCUGUGCAGUCACUUAUUGUUCAUACAAGACUGAGUAAUCAACCUAUAGCUGAGCAAUAUCAAUAAACGUCUGUGGCGCGCAAUGGCGUACAAUCCGUGACAGUAUUAGGAUAUUGUCAUAUUGUCCAUUAUAUAGCACAUUAUUGUAGCGGCCGGCAAGAGGCAUUGAUGGACGACCGUGAACAAUAGUUUUUUACCCGCCAAAGUAUUUUUUUUUCACUAAACAGUUUUCUAAUGUGCAAGCCAGUUCGAAAUUUAAAUUAAACCUUUGAUAAGUUACCUAUUUGGUCGCCAUGUUGCAGAGUAGAAGAUCGUUCCAAUUUUAAAUUACACGACACGACUGAUAUGGAUUUUCAUACAAUAAUUGCCGGCCGCUGCUCGACUAGUACAGCAAGUUCGAUUUAUCUCGAAGAAGGUUGUCAAUAAUGCUUCCAAGCAUGUUUGAGAAAAACUAAAUUUUUUGAAUUGUCCUUGCGCUUGACUACCCACGCCUGAUUGAAAGUAAUGAGUAGGUCUAAGCGUUGGAGUUGGAGGGUAUUCACCUAUAAUUUUAACAAGAACAUUGAAGGUGUUCAAAUGUUUGGUAAAAAAUCUUAUAGGUGACGGGAAACUGGCGUAACACUAGCUUUUUUUAGUUCACAGUUCGCAGAAUUUACGUCACGCAUGCACCUACUGUACUUAGUAGAUACUUUGUAUUUAGUACCUCUUUUAGUACACAUCUUUAAAGUACAAAAAGGUUCGACUUCGCCAAACUGAAAAGAAUGGCUAUCAUCAGUAAAGGGAAGAAUUUGCUUUGCCUGUCACAAUGAAUACAACAUGACAUAAAAAUCAGAAAGAAAAUUAAUUCUGAGUUUAAUAGAAAUAUAACAAAAUCUUUGCUAUUACCACAAAAUACUAUAGCGAUUGAAAUAGACAAUAUAUUUGAAAAAAAAUACACCAUUUACAUAUUCGCAGUGGCUUGUCUGCAGUCUUUUUAAAAUAAUCGUGAGGUAAUUUUGUAUUGCAGUCUACAGUAAUGCUUUGGCUACUAUAAAUAAGGAAAUAUGUAUGGCAAAUUUAUUACGCAUUAUUAUUGGCUACGCAGUACGGCUGCGCAAUAUACGAUUUUAGGUAUCAGCGUCAACGAAGGGGCUCGGCGACAGGACAUAACGACCUGCGCGUAGCGACACCGCAGUUAAUUCCGUGACGUCAUAAAGAUUGCAUCGGACUAUACCGAAUUUUUAGAUGCAUCAUUUAGAUAUCAGCGGUAACGUAUUGGCGCAACGACAGGACAAUAACGACCUGCGCGUAGCGACACCGCAGCUUAAUUCCGUGACGUCAUGAAGAUUGCAUCGGGCUAUACCGAAUUUUUAGAUGCAUCAUUUAGAUAUAAGUGGUGACGUAGGGGCGCGACGGCAGGACAUA